CAAAGCGGCAGAAGCUCAGGGAGAAGGUAGUACAAUAUUUUAGCAUUUUCAGUCGUUUUACCUUAUGUAGUUCAUUUGUAAUGUUACAGUAUCAUCAAGUUUGUGACAAAUAGCUUUUCUUUCAGUUUUCCCACAGGGAUUGAAGGCUGAUGUUGUUAUCCUUAUGGAUGAAUCUGGUAGCGUAUCAGUUGAAGGCUUUAUGAUUAUGAAGGCGUUUCUGGAUACCCUGGUGCACUCUUUUUUUGUGGGCACUGACCAUAUCAGAAUCAGUCUGAUGAAGUUUGGUGACUCACCAGAAGUUGUGUUCAGGCUCAAUGACCAUAUGAACAGACGUGAAAUCCUGAAGGGUAUUUACUCUGUUCAACAAAUGGGAGGUGGCACACGUACUGGAAAAGCCCUGUGGUUUAUGAUGUCUCUGUUUCAGAAGGUUAAAGGCAGCAGGGCAACUGAAGGUGUUCCCCAAAUUGGAAUUGUCAUCACAGAUGGAGAAGCCAAUGAUGACAUACAAAGAUCAGCAUAUCUUCUAAGGAAACAUGGCGUUUCUCUCAUGUGCCUUGGUAUUGUAGGCGCUUCAAAAAAUGAGAUGUUAAUGAUCACUGGCAAUCCAGAGAAUGUGUUAUUUAUUGAGUCAUAUCGAGACAUGAAGAGCAGUGUCCCGUAUGUCGCCCAGAGGCUCUGUGAACUGGCAGAGGAGAGGGUGUCCAGCAACCUGACAGGUACUUACACCAGCCUGGAGUGUGAAUGAGUAGGAGUUAUAUCCAGGUUUCCUUCCCCUGAAAUGUUUGUUGAAUUAGUUUCCAUUUCCAUCCGUAGUGUAUUCUAAAUAUAUAAUUUUUGCUAUAUUACAACAUAAUGCCAUAUGUUAUGUUUUAAACAAUUAGGUAGACUUGUAAUUCAUGUUUGUUCUGCCAGUCUGUUCCCAGGGAGCUGCCAUCGACAUCAUGAUUAUUCUGGAUGACAGAUCCCAGAGCAUCAUGCCUCAGGAGUUUGAGCUUAUCAAAGACUUCCUCCGAUCACUGCUGCACUGCUUCUACCUGGGGCAGGACCAGGUUCGAGUGGGCCUGGUUCCUUAUAGUCGACACAAUGACACGACGGCGUUCAAGCUCAGCACUCCCCUAAACAACAUGGAGAUCCUAAAGCACAUCUGGAAUCUGAGACAGUCAAACAGUUUGACCACAGAGACUAACCCACAUUGGGAGAUGAUGAGUGAGCUUCUCAGGGAGGAGAGGGAGGGUGUGAGAGAAGAAUGGGUGACUAAAGUUGGGUUGGUCAUCAUGGGCAGUGAGCUCCAUGAGAAUUUGAGUGCGUCAUUGGAUGAGCUCAAGAAUCAUGGUGUGUCUCUAUAUGCUAUCGGGGGUGCCAAUGCUUCACUGAUGGGUCUGAACAAGAUCACUGGCCAUCGCGAAAAUGUGUUCUUCGUCCAGAACUUCUCAGGCCUGACGGAGAUCUCUGAACGUAUCAGCCAGGAGAUCUGUAGCUCAGCAGAGGACAGGGGACAACAGGUCGUCCACAUGCCACCACCAGGUAACCUGCCCUCUUAUCUUGUUUUUGUCUACAGCACCCCAAGUCUUUAUUACAAUUAUUUCCAAUGAAGAGCUGAAUGUCAUCAUCAUGUCUUCCAUAUAACGUUAGUAAACCCAUGUUGAUUUUGAUUCAAUCACUCUUCUGGUUUUUAGUGAUUUAGCCUAAUCUCUGCCAACAUACAGUAUGUAGUUGUUCUUCUCACAGGUCCAAAGAACAGUACGGUGACAGACAGCCAGGUCACUCUCUACAGGGGCCAGUCUCUCUCUGCUCUCUGUCCCUAUGACCAGAGGUACAAGGAGGAUGUGAAAUACUGGUGCAGGAUGAAGGGAGAGUUAGACUGCGCUACCAUAGUGCGUACUGACUUUCCUUUGCAACGUGGAGAUGUGUCCAUCACAGAUGACCCCAGCCAGCAUACCUCCACUGUGACCAUGCAGAACCUGCAGACUCAGGACACAGGGGAGUAUGUGUGUGCUGUUGACAAUGGAAGAAACCCCCUCUACAUGGCAUCUCUGUCACUGACUGUCACUGCAGGUGAGCUCCUGAGUGGCGCAGUGGUCUAAGGCACUGCAUCGCAGUGCUAACUGUGUCACUAGAGAUCCUGGUUCGAAUCCAGGCUCUGUCGCAGCCGGCCGCGACCGGGAGACUCAUGGGCGACGCACAAUUGGCCCAGCGUCGUCCAGGGUAGGGGAGGGAAUGGCCGGCAGGGAUGUAGCUCAGUUGAUAGAGCAUGGCGUUUGCAACGCCAGGGUUGUGGGUUCGAUUCCCACGGGGGGCCAGUAUAAAAAAAAAUAUAUAUGUAUUCACUAACUGUAAGUCGCUCUGGAUAAGAGCGUCUGCUAAAUGACUAAAAUGUAAAUGUAAAUGUAAUACUUAUCAUAGUCCUGCUUUGUCAUGGUUGGAUUUUGGUUACGCUUUCAAAACAAAAUGUCACUGCAGGGUAGGGGUAAAUUCCAUUUAAAUUGCAGUCAAUUCAGGAAGUACACUGACAUUCAGAUUCCAAUGCUUUUCAAUGAGGAAAAUUGGAAUUGGAAUUUACAAGUAGCCGCCUGAACAGCAACAACAUCCUCAUUAACGGUUACAGAAAUGUUUUACUUGCUAUGACUGUGAUAUGUUGUUGUUUAUCUACCUUAGUGGAAUCCACUAACUGGAAAUAGUAAGGGCUCUAUUCAAUACGUAAAGCUAAAGCUAUACAGAUUUGGUGAUAGAAAUGUAAAGGUCAUUUCCGAUUGAGCCGACAUAUGCAGUGUUUACUGGGAAUGCAGUCUCCGCUAAAGCGGGAACAGUGCCUUUAAAUUUCAAUCACGUUGUAAAGCUGAACUUCCGCGAUGCGAAUUGAAUAGAGCCCCUAAGACACUGGAUAAUAGUGUCUGCAAAAUUAUUAAAAUGUAAAUGUAAAUUAUAUGUGAAAAUGAACAUACCAAAAUUAACAGCAAAAAUUAACUGCAUUAAUAGGUAUUAAUUAUUGGCUUUGUUUCAGGGCAUUAGAAAAAUACUCAGCAUGCUUUGCAAUUGUUUAUCUUUACAUUACUACAUUUAUAUGUAGUUCAUUUAGCAGAUGCUCUUAUCACAUCAUAGUUCCAACAGACUUCUGAUACCAAUGUAGGGUGAAAGGGGGCCACUAAAGUAUCUUGUUACAAAAUACAUUGGAGUGUAGUUCAGCCCAGUGUAUUACAAAUUACAAAAUACUCUGAAGUAAUUGAAAUACAUAUUUCAAAUACAUGUAACAGAAAUACUGCCCAGCUAAAUAUAAAUUGAAUUGACCCCAACCCUGCAUCUCUGUGUGAUGCGCAAGAAUGAGCUUGCUUUGUGUGUAUCGUUUCUGUGUUUCCAUAUUCCAGGCUUCCCAGAUGUGUCAGUGAGGAGCAACAUGGUGUCUGGUAAGGAGGGGCACAACACCACAGUCGAGUGUCUCUACAGUGACAUCAUGGAUGACAGUGAGAAGAUGUGGUGUAGGAACGGGACACCUGCUGGGAACUGGAGCUCCUGCCUGACUGCAGAGGGAGAACGGGCGUCUCAGGACCGCAUGGAUCUGAUCAUCGAUACGUGGAGUCGCACCUUCACUGUGACGAUGAGACAUCUGGAGAUGAACGAUACAGACUGGUACUGGUGCAUAGCAGGAGACCAGCAGAUCCCGGUGUACAUCUCAGUCCUCAAAGUAUCUAACGCAUGUAAGCUGAUAGACCGUCACAGAGUCACUAUCACUCACAUUUAAGGCUUUGUCGCCCCCUUCAGAUGACAAAUAAUACAGACGAAAAACCAUUGUGCCUUGUACAUCUUUCAUUUUCAAGAGACAUUUGUUGAAAUAAGAGAAUAACAAUAAUAAUAAUAAUAAUACUUGUUGUAUUUCAUUUACAAGUGCUCUACAUGUGGUGCUUGCUACACAAAUCAAUGAUUAAAAUGUCCUUUCCCUCACAGCAAUAUCUCCUCCAACCUUGAACCUGAUUACUUUCCCUUUGGUCUUGACGCUGAGAGCAACGGAGGAUGAUAACUCAAGGUAGAGGUGAAACCAUUGCUUUUUUUUAUUCAUUAGUGUAGAUAUACUGUAACAGAGAGGCAAAUUUGGAAAAAUGUGUUGAUGUUUUCUAGCUGGGACUGGGAGAGAUAUCUGGCUAUUCUGCUGAAAGUUGCUGUUGGCCUGGUAUUUGUGGCAUGCACCAUCCUAGCAGCUCUGGUGAUGAGAGACUACA